AAGAAAAAAAAAACUGUCAAAAAUGAAUCGUUCGUUUGUGCUUAUCGCGGAGCACAAAAAACUACAUUAAUACGUUUUUCUAUGGAUUUAGAUUAAAAUUACCUGUUUUGUACUUACUAAUUGUAAUAAUGUUUUGGAGCGGUAACUAUAUUACAGUUAGAACUUUAAAUGUUCUACUGAAGGAGCAGAAUUUUACCCUUGCCCAAGUUUUAGAAGCUGAUGAUAUUAUACAAGAAUGUAAGGCUGAUAAUAAAGCGCUCAUACAAUUUCUUACAAAACCAGAAAUACUGGCAGAACUGAUAACAUUAAUAACUGAAGAACCUCCGAAGAAUGUGGAGCUUGCCCAGCAGUACCGCCAUGCAAGCAUUGCUUGUGAGGUCCUCACUAGCCAGCUUCCGAUGCUCAACGACCGCCUCUCACUGGACACUGUUCAGAUGAAUAGGCUAUGUGACUUCAUAAACAGAGAUCCACCUUUAAAUCCACUACUGGCUUCAUAUUUCAGCAAAACAGUGGAAAUGCUGUUAGAGCGUAGUACAAAACAGGAUUGUUACCUGUACCACAUAGUGUGUCUGCGAGUGCUGGACUUCUUCAAAUCACGUCGCGACUUUCUUCCAAACCUGCUGCGGCACAUUGCGACAUCAGCCAUUGCAGAUAUCUUUAAAUAUUUCAUACGUCUCGAUGACCUGUUCCACAAGAUUGUGAUGGAGUGGUUCGAAGAACAUCAGCUCCUGGAAUCCUUGAUCCAGAUAAUAUGCGGUACAUACGUCCCCGAGGAGUUGUCUCCAGAGCCAAUAGAGAAUGAACCUCAGCAGUCAGAUCCUCAUAUCGAUCAGGAGAACAACGUUACUGAACCGAAUCACAAUGAGGAGCAUCACGAGGGAAAUAAAGAUUCUGAUAAUGAAGAAUCAGAUACGGACGAGAAUGGAGAAGGGUCCGGCGAGGGCGGCAGUAUAGGCGGGGGUUCAUCCAAGGGCGCUGGCAGGGGACCCCGCAGGAGGUCCGGCGGCAGAAUAGGUGGUGCGGGGGACAGGGCGGGAGUCGCGUCGGCCAAUGCGGCCGCACUACUUUGCGACCUCAUACUCAAUGGAUGCGCUGUGGAGGGAUGCUCAUCGUGGUCCAGCACGGCGCUGUGGCUGUGCGGGCGCGUGGGGGGCGCGGCGGGCGUGCGCGGCGUGCUGCAGGCCGCCUUCACCAGCCCCGCGCCGCGCCGCGACUCCGCGCUGGUGCACGCCGCGCUGCUGCUGCGGGCCCUGCUGCACCGGGACCCCAUCCUUCCAGACGCGGAGUCCGAGCGCACCAGCGUGGAGCUGGCGAUCGCCCCGCACCUGCCGCUGCUGCACCAGGCGCUGCUGCAGCCGCCGCCCGACGAUUUGCGCCUGAAGGGUCGCGACUGGGGACAGGCGGGGGGCCAGCAGGGGGCUCGGGGGGCGGGCCGCGUGGGCCACGCGCGAGUGCAGGUGGCCGCGCUGCUGGCACACCUGGCCCUCUCCGAAGUAGACGACGUGGCGACCACUCUACUCACGUUAGGUACUCCCGGAGUGAUGCUGGACAUGUUCUUCGAGUACCCGGACAACAACUUCCUGCAUGCGGAGGUGUACACGAUGAUCAAGAACGCGCUGAGCAACCAGGCGCACCGCCCGCAGUACGCGCGACACUUAUUCGAAGAAUGUAACCUGGUGACGAGACUGAUGGAUGCCUUUGAGGAGAACGAAAAUAGAGAGGUCCCCCGGCGCGGGUACAUGGGCCACGUGGUGCUGUGCUUGUCGCGAGUGGCGCGGGUGGCUCCGGAGACGCUGCAGGCGGCGCGGGGCGCGGGGGGCGCGGCGGGGACGGCGGGGGGCCCCCGCUGGGCGGAGCGCUGGGCGCGCUUCCACCGCGACAAGCUGCAGCCGCUGCUCGACGUGCACGAGACGCCGCUCGGCGGCUACUACCCGUCGGAGCACUCCUUUGAGGUCGAGAACAUGGUGGACCCGGCGGACAACUAUGACUACGCUGACAUGGCCACCUCAGCUGCCAUGGACGACCGGGCCGACGACGCGCUCGAGAUCAGCACGGCGAGCGCGCACGCCGCCGCCUCCGGGACCCUCGCCGAGGACCGGGGGGACGAAUCCGGGGACGAGAUGUCAGCGGCCAGGAGCAGCUUCCUGCAGCUAGCCGGGCGGCGCUUCGACGACGACAUGUGGGACGACGCCCCCGACGGAGACGCCGAGCUGGAGGCGCCCCCGGGCCGCGCCAUCGACGUGCUCCGGGACUGCUCGCCGUGGGAGUCGACAGGGGGUACGGGCGGGGGCGCCGCGGGGACGGUCGGAGGCGCCGGGGAGGGCUGGGCUCAGUUCGACGCGCCCUCCGCCUCGAGCGACCUCUCCGCGUUCUGGGCGUACGGCGACGCCACCGCGCCCGCUCCCGCGCCCGCCACCGCUUCCGUCGCCGCGCCCGCCGUUUAUUUGUUCUCCACAGAGGAACCCGCAACAAAACUAGAGACCGGCAUUCGGGAUCUGAAGCUCGAGGCGGACAAGAGUCUGGACGAAGCGUCGACGGCCGAACUGGCGAACAACCUGCUGACGGCCAUGAGUGGCAUGACCCCGGACGCCAUCGCCAACAUCGUUAACGCCAACCUGGACCCCGCGUUCAACCUGCCCGACCCCCCCACCAGCUGAUCUCACCCCUCCACUUCCCUCCGCCCCCUCCCCGUUGUACAUAUUUAAUUCUAAUUCAUUAGAAAUCACAAAACAUCGUUGUUGCCUCGUGCCCCGACUCAGUAACGCCUCAAGGAAGGAACGGACGGGGGCUUCGGACUGAGGUCUAGGGGUCUCGCGAGUCCAGGGGCCGCAGGUUCCAACUCGAAUAUGACGAGCGGUCCCCGACAGAGCCUCACAGCGGCCGGACGACACCGGAGCGACCGUCUCCCGCACUGUUCUUAGUUAAACUAUUCAUGUUUGUAUAUUUUGUUAACGAACUAGCAACGUUAGGUUGAGGAUAUUUUUAAACAGACAUCAGAGCUAUAGGGUCGGAUGUAUCUGUCCCGAAUUGUCCCUCACCUGUCCCACGCCCGUCCCCCUCAUGUCCCCCAUCUGUUCCCUACCUGUCCCUCACCUGUCCCUCACCUGUCCCCCGCCCGUCCCUGUUACAGACUGUACAACGUAUACAGACAUAUUUCAGUGUGAUUCGUCCUCAGAUAUAAUAAAUUCUAAAUCUCCUAGAUUCGACUUAAUAGCUCUGAUGUCUAACUUUAAUGAAGGUGAAAGGGAGCUCUUGAAUUGCGAUAAUGAGUUACGAAGCCCCCCGGGCGCUCGCAGCCGGUGACCGCGCCCCCCAUGCGGGCCCCGGGACCACAGCGGCGGCCGCUAUUGAGAAUAGUGCUAUGAGCCCGUAGAUAAAUUAAAUUGAAAUACUCACUGUGAUCGUAAUAGAAAGAGUACUUUUAGUUAUUGUUAUAAUUUUAAAAAAUCUCAAAUUUGUUAUAAAUCCAGAUCCGUGUGAGACAUUUAAAAAAAAAGUAGGUAAUCAAGAAACGUGACAAUUGUUCUUUAGGUUCGUUUUCUUUUCGAAACAUACUUAUUGUUAAUGAUACGUCUAUUUGUUCAGGACGACAUAUCUAUUAUUGAUAAUAUCCGUUCCCAUUAUUUAAAAGGCGACGUCUUGUUUCAAGAUGUUUUAGAAACGUAAUUGCAUUGCAUAGAAAUAAUCGUGAUUGAUUUAGAGCUACACGACCGCGGCCGCUCGCCACCAUUCCACCUCAAUCAGCUUGUCUCUCUCUAUCUCAGCGGACGACUGGCGAGAAAGAGUGAGGGAGGGAGAUAGAGGUCGUUUUGAAAUUAAUAAUGUGAUUAUUUGAAACGUUUUCGUCUCGUGACUACGUUGCCUUAAAUAUGCUUAGUAUAAAAGUGUUCAAAUCGAGUUAUCGAGUCUAGGGACGUAUUUUUAUAGAAGCCGACACGAGCCCGACACGGACGUAUUCAGAACGGGGCGAGUGCUCCUUGGAUUGAAAACUUUUUAAAAUGUAAUUAAAAUUAUUUUAUGAAUAAGUUUAAAUAUCAUCGAGGGUAGUCGUUAAAAGUGAUCAGCUGAAUGGCGAGCCGGUCCCCCCGGUCCCCGCGCCCCGCCCCCGGCCCCCCGUGACGUUACGCCGGCGGAGGACCGCGGGGCAUGUCCCUGAUGUAUUCACAGGUCGCGAAUGUUUUAUCAAUUCGUAAGGUUUCGUUACACAUAAUUCAGUUGUACUUAUUAUACAUGUCCGUGUCGGUAGCGACUUCUUCACUUCGACUUAUAGCAAGUAUUAUUUUGUUUAUCUGGAUCAAAUGCCGGUAACGGAUCGACUAGGCGAAUGUGAAGUUUUAAAACAAUUUAUUAAUCGAUAACUAAGGAAAUGUGCGCACAUGUAAUCAGUAUGAAUUGAAUUGGGCAUUCAUAUGAAAUGGACACACAUUGUGCACACAUAUAGUGCGCCCUCAGACAUAUUGUGAAGCCAUAUCGUAGCUUACGUUUUUACACUUUGGAUCUAGUUGCACUAAGUAUGUAGCGCAUGACGUAACCAGUGCGAGUGCGAGUGCGAGUGCAAGUGCGAGCUAACGAGCUAUAUUCACUGAAACCUGCGCCCAGAUGUUCCGCGACUCUAUCGUCACAAACGACGGACCCAACUAUCAACAAUUACAUCGUGUCUGUGUCGCCGCGCUCUGCACAUUGCUGCAUAUUGCCAGACCGUCUACAACUUGUUAAGUGAACAAUUAAGCAUUAGCUAAAUAUUUUAUUAUUCAUUCAAAAAUCAUUUCAAGGCUAGUCUCUAAUUUCUUUUAGAUGUAAAAAAAAAACAACACUAUAAAUUCAAUUAAAUAUAAAUUAUAAAGCUGGUACAAAAUUUAAUUUCAAAUUUAUAAUUGGAACCGCAUCCACGGCUCCGGUCCGGUUUCGGUCCGGCUCCGGUCCGGUGAACGUCAGAUUGUCGAGAACGAACCGCGGCGAGCUUGUCGCCGUCGCUCGGGGAGUGGCGGACGUGCGCGGGCGCUGCUUAGAAACAAACGGAUAUGAGUUAUAAUACAUUUGAAAAUGCAAUUUCUAAAAGUGCACAUGUCGCAUAUUUUGUCAAAUACGUUUUUUCAUAUACAUGUAGUUUUGAGGCUUACCUACCUUACCCAUUUUAUAAUAAUUCCAGUAAUUUUCAAUUGCUAAUUAACACUAAAAUAUAUCUCAAAAGUUAAUAUUUUAAAUUUUACACUGCUUUAGAAAAUAAUUAGUUUUUUUCAUUUCCUGAACAUUUUACAUUUUCAGAGAUGUGCCCUUUUCGAAAUUGCAUAUUCAUUUUGUUCAGAAGUUUUCAUCAACGUCGGAUUCAUACGUUUUCAAAUUAGAUUUCCUAACCAUUUUAAUGGCUUCGAACACGAGACCACGGCCCGCUUGACGUUGAGUGUUCAUUGUCGCUUAUGAACAUCAAUACUGCAGCUGUUGCCCCGCAGUCCGAAUUCUCCGAUUGUUGAGGCCCCGCCCUCCUCCGCACACUCCCGGUCACUCUCGGUAGAGCUGCUGUGGCUUCAUCCAUUAUUGUUUCUUUGUAGUGAAAUAUAUGAAUGUUUGUACAAAGCGCGUGUUGUUCGUUCGCGCUGUGUAUUGUAAGAUUUAACAGCGAAUUUGUGAUAAGUUUUUGUAUUAUAAUAAACCUAUAUAGCUACCGUC